UGUUCAUAAUUUCCUGCUUGUCCCACCGGGACGCGUGAUUUAUGGAGAGUUGCGCUUUUGGCCAAAUCACGCCUUCAUCCGAGUAACGUUGUGUGACUUCGCCUCGAAGCGGAAGUUGUAAUGUACUGUACGCCUUCGUCGGACCGGGUUUGGACGCGUUCUUGGAAGAAGCGAGCCAGCUCGCAGAUAAACGGGGGCUGAGCAUUCGGGAAAGCCCUGUUUCGUUUUUUCCUUUUUUUUCUUGGACUGCUGACGCGUACAAGCGGCGGCUUCGUGCUCCGCCGCCGCCGCCGUGGGUCGUUCGCUGUUCCUGCACCAUGUUGCUCCGCUUUCUGCUCCUCGGGGCCUUGCUUUGCCGCGCGGAGGGCUACUUUUCGGAGGAGAAGUACCCGGAGGAGUCGAAAAUGCAGCCUCCCACCGUGGUGGUCGCUAUCAUAGCCCGCAACGCCGCGCACUCCCUGCCCUACUACCUCGGAGCUCUGGAGCGGCUCAACUACCCGAAGGACCGCAUCUCCGUGUGGGCGGCCACGGAUCACAACUCGGACAACACCACGGCGGUGCUGAAAGAGUGGCUGACGGUGAUGCAGAAGUUUUACCAUUAUAUCGAGUGGAGGCCGAUGGAGCAGCCCACGUCCUACCCGGGGGAGCUGGGUCCUAAGCACUGGCCCAACAGCAGGUAUGAGUACGUGAUGAAGCUGAAGCAGGCAGCGCUGAACUUCGCCAGGAAGCGCUGGGCCGACUACAUCCUGUUCGCUGACACGGACAACGUCCUCACCAACCCAGACGUGCUGAACCUGAUGAGGGCCGAGAACAAGUCGGUGGUGUCCCCCAUGCUGGACUCGCAGGGCGCCUACUCCAACUACUGGUGCGGCAUCACUCCUCAGGGAUACUACCGUCGGACGGCGGAGUACUUCCCCAUGCGUCAUCGCCAGAGGGUGGGCUGCUUCCCCGUGCCCAUGGUCCACUCCACCAUGCUGCUGGACCUGAGGAAGGAAGGCAUGAAGAAGCUGGCCUUCUACCCUCCUCACGAGGACUAUUCGUGGCCGUACGACGACAUCAUCGUCUUUGCCUUCUCCUGUCGGGCUGCAGAGAUCCAGAUGUACCUGUGCAACAAGGAGCGCUAUGGCUACCUGAACGUCCCGGCCAAACCUCAGCAGACGCUGGAGGACGAUCGCAUCAACUUUGUCCAUCUCCACCUUGAAUCCCUGAUUGAUGGACCACCCAUGUCCCCCUCUCGCUUUGUCCACAUGUUCCCCAGACAGCGAGACCUCAUGGGCUUCGAUGAGAUAUAUUUGGUAAACCUGCGACGGCGCCAGGACCGCAGAGACAGGAUGCUGUUCUCUCUGAACGAGCUGGAGAUCGACGUCAAGGUGGUGGACGCCGUGGACGGGAACUCAUUGAACAGCAGCGACAUCAAGGUCCUGGGUGUUGAUCUGCUUCCGGGCUAUUACGACCCGUUCUCUGGACGCACCCUCACCAAAGGGGAGGUGGGCUGCUUCCUCAGCCACUUCUACAUCUGGAAGGAGAUGGUGGACAUGCAGAUGGAUAAAGCGCUGAUCCUGGAGGACGACGUUCGCUUCCAGGCCAACUUUAAACGCCGGGUCCUGAGGCUGAUGGAGGAGGUGGAGCAGGUGGAGCUGGACUGGGACAUCAUAUACUUUGGCAGGAAGCAGGUGAAUCCCGACGACGAGGAGCCGGUGGAGAACGUUCGGAACCUGGUGGUGGCGGGCUACUCGUACUGGACCCUGGGCUACGCCAUCUCCCAGCAGGGGGCUCAGAAGCUCCUCAACGCUGAGCCGCUCUCCAAGAUGCUGCCCGUGGACGAGUUCCUCCCCAUCAUGUACGACAAACAUCCCAAUGCGGACUACAUGUCACAUUUCCCCAAUAGAAAUUUACAAGCCUUCAGCGCUCGCCCCCUGCUGGUCCAGCCGUGCUACUACGCCGGUGAUCCCCAGUGGGUGAGCGACACGGAGACGUCCACCCUGUGGGACGACGACUCGGUGCGCACCGACUGGAGGGGCUCCCACAAGACCCUGAAGGGGUCGGCGCCGCCGCCCCAGAUGCUGUCGGCCGCCUACAGAGACGAACUUUGACGCAGCGGAGACGCGGCCGCGGGGGACGAGCCCGCGGCUCCAUGCGUCACGAGGUCAGCGUUCUCAGCCCACUGUGGGUCACACCGGCCUGCUCGGUGGCAGUAACUGGACCUUUUCAUUCAGGUUGCAAAGACAAUAUCAAGGUGUUUCGGUACAACAGCAUUUUCUCAGAUUUUUGUUUAAAUGGUAUUUUGACAACGUUUGGGAGUUUACGCGGGUGCUUUGACUGAUGCUGGGAGCAUUUUGGGUUUAAACGUGUUCCCGUGAUGGUGCGUGCUCCGGGUGAUUGCAUGGCUGUAAUGAUAAUUACAGAGCCUUUAAAUGGGAACGGAGCCGAGGACUUUUAUUUGAUAAUCCUUUAAUUACACACUGAGACUCCAGUAGCUGCCCCGUUUAACACCUCCAGCAAGUCGGGACUAAAGUCUGAUACUAUUAUUACAGUUCUUGUUUAAACAUUGUCUUCCAUUUGGGAAUGUUGGAGAUAAAGAUGGACCUAAUCCAAAGCUAAGCAUUUAAACAAUAUACACUUUUUGAAAAUUUAUUCUGUAGUGUCACUGGGAUGCAGAGUUACAAUGCAAGUAAUUGAUUUCAUUCUCGUGUCCAACUGGGACUUAAUCUUAACACAUACGACAAUCCUUUUUUUCCAUAAGCUUUAUAAAUGUUUUCUUUCUAUUAUCACUGGGUAACGGAUUUCUAUACGUGUGACAGUUGUCAAACAUCAACAACAAAAACUUUGUAAAGACAUAUUGAUGUCAAACUACAUGAGGCAGAUUCAUUUAUGUUUACAUGUCCUAAUUUAUUUGUUGUUGUUUGUCUGGAUGUGGUCCACAGAUGAGUAGCGAGACAUGCGCUCAAAAGGCAUUUACUGCCAAAAUCGUCUUUGAGAAAUUAUUUUGUACUCGGAUGUAAAACGUUUGUAUAGAAAACCUUUCAAAUGGUAAUAAAAUGUGUUGAUACGCUU